CUGGUCAGAAAACACUAUCACAAGUUUGUAUAUUAAUAGCCUUGUUUUUAUUAACAGUUGUGAUGUCUGCAAAUAUUUUCUUAUAUAAGGCAGGAGAGACAAGAGUCUUUAAUACUAGUCAUGAUAGCAUCCGAGUAAAGGUCGAAGGAUUAAACGAAGAUGUCGCGAGGGUUAUUCUUGUAGAUGAAAAUGAAAGUCCAAUUGACACUAUAGAAAAAGCGAAAUUUAUAAAUCAGGCGACUAAAAAUGAAAUAACACCUGUGGAAGUUAAAGCACAGAGAGGGCAUGUGCAAAUGAAAAAAAAUCUUGCGGAUUGUCUUGCAGAAGACCAUUAA